CGCUCACAGAACAUCAAGGAAGAGGAUGCGGCUCGCCUCAGAUAUGGAUUACAAGGUUGUGUUUGCAGCCUUGGAGACAGUAUGUGAGGAGAACAUUGCUAUAAUGUGUGGGCCUUCUGAGUUGCCGUAUGGAGCUGUUGCCCAGCGCCUGGUCACAUGCAUGAGACAGAUCCAGGAGCAUGGACGAGCCCUGGAGCCUGUGGUCGGAGGAUUCACCGGCGUCUUCCACCAUUAUGACUUUGACGCACAAACGCCUGGGAACGGCUACCGCACCCUGGUCAAGGUCUUGCUGUCUUGCCUUUUGCACAUCAUUCACAAGGGUCGCUACAUUGCCUGUAAUUACACCGGUGCCUUCUUCAGGGCCGACCACAAUGCCUCGGAGAUGGAGGCGUACUGCAGCGCUCUGUGCCAGCUGCGCGCCCUGGUCUACCUCGCCCAGCGGCUGAUCAACGACAACGGCUUCGGCCAGCUGUACUCCCUGCAGGAAGGAGAUCUGAGCAGCAGGUUUGUGCAGGAGUACAGCUCCAUGCACAAAGCCUGCUUCUACGGCCGCUGUCUGGGCUUUCAGUUCUCGCCGACUCUGCGUCCGUUCCUGCAGACUGUUGUCAUCAGCAUGGUUUCAUACGGAGAGACGUUUGGUAAACAGCAGUCUGGCUUGGGUUUGGCAGCCCUGUCCCUCCUCACAUCAGGGAAGUACGUCAUCGAUCCAGAGCUGCGGGGCGCUGAGUUUGAACGCAUUACUCAGAACCUGGACAUGCAGUUCUGGAAAUCUUUCUGGAACCUCACAGAGUCCGGCCUUAUAACAGGCUUCAGUAGAAUAGCCUCUUGCCCGCUGCAGGUGAACUUCACACUGACGGUGCCUCCUGUCACACUACGCCUCCCGCUGGCGUCAGACCCCAGUCUGACAGCCACCGUGUCACCUCCAAUAGCCCACUGGGGCCCCGGGCCAGUCCACAUGCGCCUGCUGUCAUAUGAGCUUCGGGAAGGACAGGACAGUGAAGAGCUGCUGGCUUUGUCUCGAACUGAUCCUCCCCCGAUCUCCGCGUCCCAUCUGCCCUGGGUACAGAAGCAGCCUCUCUCCCCCUGGCUGCUCAUACACUUCCAUGGAGGGGCCUUCGUGGCCCAGACCUCCAAAUCCCACGAGAAUUAUCUUCGGACUUGGUCGAAGGAGCUGAGCGUUCCUAUCCUCUCUGUGGAUUACUCUUUGUCACCCGAAGCGCCCUUUCCCAGAGCUCUGGAGGAAUGUUUCUACGCCUACUGCUGGGCUCUGAACAACUGUCAUCUGCUGGGCUCCACAGCGGAGCGUGUUUGUCUGGCAGGUGACAGCGCUGGGGGAAACCUCUGCAUCACCGUGUCCAUGAAGGCCAUAUCCAGCGGCAUCCGAGUCCCUGACGGCAUCAUGGCGGCCUACCCUGCCACCUUGCUCACCACCGACGCCUCGCCCUCCCGCCUGCUCACACUCAUCGACCCGCUGUUGCCGCUAGGUGUUCUCGCAAAGUGCGUCAAUGCCUAUGCAGGUGCAGACUGUCAGACGGUGCUGCCUGUAGUGGAGAGCAGCAGUCUGAGCGCUCUGGGCAGAGACACCGCCGUGCUGCUCAGCGACCUCACCCAGGGAGCCUCCAACUGGAUCCAGUCCUUUCUUGACCCCGCGCGGAACACAAGUGGAACACGCUCCCUGUUGUCAACGCCGAGGCGGUCUCAGAGGGACCAAACCAGCAGGACAGCCACGGAUGACUCCACACCAAACUGUGAAAGUCUCAUAGAUUACCCAGAGGGCUUUGAGCCCCUGCGAUCCGAGUGUCGGGCUUUUAUUCACCCGACGUCCUGCCCCAUUAUCAGGAACCCAUUUGUGUCGCCGCUGCUGGCUUCGAACAACCUGCUGAAAGGCCUGCCGCCUGUACACAUAGUGGCUUCUGCUCUGGACGCCUUGCUGGACGACUCUGUGAUGUUUGCCAAGAAGCUGCGAGACAUGGGCCAGCCCGUGAGUCUGACUGUGGUGGAGGAUCUGCCUCACGGCUUCCUCAGCCUGUCGCAGCUCGCCAAGGAGACGGAGGUCGCCUCAGAAAUCUGCGUGGAGCAAAUGAAGAAGAUUUUUCAGCAAGAAAAGCCGACGCCCAUUCUCCGCAAACGGCCAAACCUGGAACAGUCUUAUCAGAGUACAAAUCCAUCAGGCUGAUUUAUCCGUCUGUGAUGAAAAAGAGAUCUGACAUGAGGUGGUGAGAGUGAUGCAAUAAAUGUAAGAAAAGGAAACAUUUCAGGGAAAAUUAUGAGGAACUGCAAACCUGGAAGGAGGAAGUUUAGAGACACUGCACUUGAAAAGUCUACCGCACAUUUUCUGCAGGCAACAAUGAUGGAGAGAGACACUACAAACUUUCUUUAACCAGCUCUAAUAUUAGCCUGAAUGAUGACAAUUAUAGGAAAUUAUGAAGUAUUUUUUCUACCGAGAUUUAGAUUCUCAAGACCCAGAUUAAACGCACAUUUAGAAUUUUACAGAUUGACAGAAACUUCACCUUAACCAGCUCUCACAGUAAUUUCUUAACUGAUUCGUCAGUAAUGGGAGCUGCUGUGCCUUGACUUUAAAGUGCUGCUAAAGCUUUGCCUACAUUACCGCACAAACUGACCACGAUUUAAAAGUUUACCUGCACAGGAAAUACUACCGAGAUGCACUGUAUUAUUAUAUUAUUAUUAUUAUUAGGAUUAAAUGUAUCUUCUGGUUCUGCCAGUUUGUUUACCAGCAGUAUGUGGACGUGGGUUAUGAAGGUAUCUUGUUAUACUGUAAAGUCAUUCUUAACAUUUGUUAAAAGAAAUAUUUAACACUGUUAUAUUUAAAGUCUGAAUUAAAUCAAAACUGCAAGGA